AUGGCUGUUCAUCCUCAUCGUCUGGUGUUAAUGUUUCACAUCCUUCUCUUACUUUGGCCAAUCAAAGCAUCACAAAUUUUAUGUCCAAAUAGCUGUGGCAAUGUCAAAAUAUCAUACCCUUUGGGAAUCGGUGAAGGCUGCUACCUCAAUAAGUGGUUUGAAGUAACUUGCGACAACUCUUCUGGCUCUCCAAGAGCUUUCCUAAACAGCGUCCAUCUAGAAUUAAACAGAACUCUUCAUCCUUCUUCUUCUGUUAUCGUCAACUUGCCCCGCAAUUCAAGCGUCAACCUAUCCGGAAGCCCGUUUUCCUUUUCGAAUACAGACAAUAUAUUCACUGCCAUUGGUUGCGAAAACUACCUCAAUCUCAAUCAGAAAGAUUCAACCGUAAGUCACUGCCACUCUUUCUGCACUUGUGAUCCUACAAAAAAUGAUGGUUGCUGUGAUUUCCUAUGCACCCUUCCUCGAAACCGUAAGUUAGAAAAUGAAAACAUGUCAGAAAUUUAUUCUGAAGGUUUUCCCAGGGAGUGCAGUUCAGCCUUCAUGGUUCACAAAACUUGGCUUGAGUCAAACUACCUAAAAAAUCCUUAUGUUUUGAAAGAUAAAGAAGUCCUUCCCGCAAAACUGGAAUGGGGAAAGUAUGGAGGUUCAUGUGUGGAACUCUACAAUUCACACAAAACAAGUUGCAACAAAGAUGAUUACUGCGUCAUACAAUUAAACUCAGACUACUUUUGUCUUUGCGAUAAUCAAAGAUCUGACAGCUAUGGAGGAUGCAAAGGUGGCUUGCUUUGUGUUUCGAAGAACAACACCGGUUGCUCCGAGUGUCCUUAUGGUUAUGAACCUUGUCAAAGUGAAGAUGAAGAAACAUGGUGCUCUCCUUCACGAAGCUCUGACGAUAUAUUUAUAAAAAAAACUCAAGUCAAAUAUUUAAUCAACAUAGGUUUCAGUGCUGGGCUUGGAAUGUUGUUACUUAUCAUUGUAGCACGGUGGUUGUACAAGUUCAUACAAAAGCGGAAAGCAAUCAAACUGAAGCAGAAGUUAUUUACAAGAAAUGGUGGGAGCGUUGAGAAAACAAAAUUGUUUACCUCAAAGGAAUUGGAAAAGGCCACGGACAAUUAUCAUGCCAAUCGAGUUCUUGGUGAAGGAGGUCAAGGCGUUGUAUAUAAAGGGAUGUUGUCGGAAGGAAAAAUUAUAGCUAUUAAGAAGUCCAAGAUAGUGGAUGAAAGUAAAUUUGAAGAAUUCAUUAAUGAGGUUAUAUUGCUAUCACAAAUUAGUCACAGAAAUGUAGUUCAAUUAGUAGGGUGUUGCUUGGAAACAGAAGUGCCUCUUUUAGUCUAUGAGUUCGUUUCUAAUGGAAAUCUUUUUCAAUAUUUACAUGACCAAAAUGAGGAGUUUCCAUUUACAUGGGAACUACGAUUACGAAUUGCCUUUGAAGUUUCAAGUGUGCUAACCUAUUUGCAUUCAGCUGCUUCCAUACCUAUAUAUCAUCNCCAAUUGUUAAAUAUUGCAAGAUUAGGACCCCCAAUAUCGAUGAAUUGCAAGUUACAAAUUAAGUGGAGGAGGAGAAUCAAAGAGUCAUAG